AUGGGGGAGAGAGCACGGAGGAGAGAGCACGGGGGAGAGAGCACGGAGGAGAGAGCACGGAGGAGAGAGCACGGAGGAGAGAGCACGGGGGAGAGAGCACGGAGGAGAGAGCACGGAGGAGAGAGCACGGGGGAGAGAGCAUGGGGGAGAGAGCACGGGGGAGAGAAGGCGGAGGAGAGAGCAUGGGGGAGAGAGCACGGGGGAGAGAGCAUGGGGGAGAGAGCAUGGGGGGAGAAGGCGGAGGAGAGAGCAAGCACGGAGGAGAGAGCACGGAGGAGAGAGCACGGGGGAGAGAAGGCAGAGGAGAGAGCACGGAGGAGAGAGCACGGAGGAGAGAGCACGGGGGAGAGAGCACGAGGGAGAGAAGGGGGAGGAGAGAGCACGGGGGAGAGAGCACGGGGGAGAGAGCACGGGGGAGAGAGCACGGAGGAGAAAGCACGGGGGAGAGAGCACGGGGGAGAGAGCACGGAGGAGAGAGCACGGGGGAGAGAGCACGGAGGAGAGAGCACGGGGGAGAGAGCACGGGGAGAGAGCACGGAGGAGAGAGCACGGAGGAGAGAGCACGGAGGAGAGAGCACGGGGGAGAGAGCACGGAGGAGAGAGCACGGAGGAGAGAAGGGGGAGGAGAGAGCACGGGGGAGAGAGCACGGAGGAGAGAAGGGGGAGGAGAGAGCACGGGGGAGAGAGCACGGAGGAGAGAGCACGGGGGAGAGAGCACGGGGGCUAUAG